AUGGGUAAAAUUGCGUCGAGAAAUGUGCCAGAAGAUUCCGAUGAACUUGUCAACAAUGGUUUAGUACUGAAAAAUGUGGAAAUACCACCGGAAUUGAUUGAGCACAUAUUAUUCUACGUCGAUGUGAAAUCAUUGUUGAAAUGCCGUCGUGUGUGCAAAUGCUGGAACGAGAUAAUAACAAAUCAUGUUUGGCGUAAAAAGGCUGAGAACAGAACGGGUUGUAAAUUUACUUCAGAAACAAUUUCCGAAUGGAAAGACUUUUAUUUGAUAUGUUGUGGUUUAUUUGGAAGAAAUUUGGUGAAAAAUCAUUCCGGCAAAGAAAAAUUCAAGCAUUGGCAAAUUACAGAAAAUUAUGGUGAUUGCUGGGCCAUUGAAUGUCCACCGAUUGGUGCACCUGUACUAGAAUCGGAUGCCGAAUUUGAAAAUAAACAGCAUUGUUUUGUGACUUCCUACGGUGAAUGUCGUAAAUAUUAUACGGUGGACUUGAUUAAAGAAGGAUUUACAGUGAAUAUUUUGGAUCAUUUGCAACCACCCAUUGAGAUAAGUGAAUGGUAUUGUUCCCGAUUUGAUUGUGCAGCAGUGUACAAUAUUCACGUGUAUUUAUUCAACCAGUCUGGUGAAACAAUCGAUGAAUUCAUCUUCGAUGAUACUUUAGUGGAAGAUCGACAGAAUAUUUGGUUCAACGUGAAACACGAAUUUAAGAACUACGGGCAAGGCUUAAGAAAAAUACGAUUCGUCCAUGGGGGUUGUGACCGGCAAUUUUGGGCAGGACAUUUUGGGUGCAAAAUGGCCAGAUCAUGUGUUAAAGUCAAAGUUCCAGUUCGAGAAGAUUAA